AUGUGUAUGGACAAUCUUCAGUAAAGAAUAUUUUUGAAGUAGAUGAAGGUGAAGUUAAUUAGCUGUUUCCAAGUUACUUUGCAAUACUCAUAGAUUGUGAUAGCUGAGUUUCUACCUAAGUAGAGUGAGUUUCAUUAAGUGCACCAUUUUAGGCUUCUAUUUUAGGUAAAAAUGGUUCAGAAGGCAAUUUAAAUUUAUUUUUUCUUUUAUCAUCGGAGGGUGAUUAAUUUAAAUCAGUAUAAUGUUUGCUUGAAAGCCUAGAAAGAGAUUGGGUUUGCUUAGAAGCCCUUUCAGAUUUCUUAGUUUAAAGUUUUUUAGGUGAACCUACCUAACUAAGAAGUAAGUUUUAAUAUCUAUUAAAAACUGCUACCAAUGAAAUAUCUCUAUGAGAAGCUUCUGUGUUCAUGUUUGAAAGCUAAUCUAUAUCUUUUUGUGAUUUUUUAGUUGAUGAAAAAGACGCAUUUUUAUAAUAAGAGGUAUUAAGAUGAGGAGGUAUGUCCUUCAAAUAUAUAUCAUAAACUUUUUAAGCAUCAAAAUAAGUUAUUCUUUUAGGCUUGA